AUGGUAUCAGAAAGUGACGAAGAUGCUGCAAGGAGGGAUGAAGAAUGGGGUGCUCUCAUUGCCUUUUAUGGAGAUGACUUGGUUUCAGGAGGUUCUACUUUGACUACACAAACACCAACAAGCAUGAUUCCGGAUGAAUUGUCUAAGACUGCCAAGGGAUCCUCUUUUCGAUACUGGAACAUUCAAGUCAUGCCUCCCAAUGUGACGUUGGAAUUGGGGGACAUUCCAAGAGAUUAUCCAAGUGGUCCUAAUCCUCCCAAACCCAAACUGAAGGCACCGCAAUGGAUCAUGGAUGAAACUCGUCAGGAAGAACUGGAACACGAGUUGCUGACUCUUUUUCAAUCAGAUACGGAAGUGGCAAUCAUGUGGGUAGAACACUGUCGUUCGGCUAUUGAAGAGUAUCAAGAAGCCAAUCAGGCGUUUUCGUCCAACAAUGAUAGCCAGCAAGCGGAUCAUCAUGAUGCAGAAGGAGAUGAAGAUCCAACGACGACCAUUGCUGACAACAAUAACACAAAUGAUGAUGGCUCUUACGAGCCUCCAGCAUCAUCCGUUACCAUAAGUUUCGUUCCUGGAUCCAAAUUUGGACAAUCGAUACGGCACUUUCAACUAUCCGUUGUCGACAAUCCUGCAUAUCAGCGAGAAGUCUUUCAUGGAGCACCGUUUCAUCCGCCAAAGUCGGGGCCAUCCGAAACGAUGCAAUCCCAUGUGGCAUCAGUUUCUUGCAUGGAACAUGUGGAUUGGGUCUUGCAUCAUCUCUUGUUUGACGUCAAGAAAGUGGACCAGGCAUCCCACAAUAUGAUUGCCUACCGAUUCACCGAUCAAGCGACUGGACGACUGGUCAGUGAUUCGGACGAUGACGGCGAAAAGGGUUCCGGCAGCAAGCUGGCGUCCCUUUUGGAAUUGACGGGUGUCGAAGAUUGCAUCGUGGUAGUGUCCCGAUGGUAUGGGGGGGUUCAUUUGGGUCCAGCAAGAUUCAAAUGGAUUGCAGCCGUUGGUCGACAAGGACUCGAAGACGCUGGGUUUCUGAAAAAAAUUAAAGACGAGGACUCUUCUACUACCAGUAAACACAAGAAGGGGGGCAAGAGAUGA